UGUCCUCAGCGACUUGCGUAGCAGUACGCGUCCACGAUCGAGAGCGUCCAUAUAAUUGAGUCGAUUCCUUCUCAUUAUCAAACAUCUCUCGAUCGUCAUCGCCUGCCAUUAUUAAUCCGCCCACGCGACAUGCCCCUACAUAGUUAAUGGCCGGUCAGUCAGGCGCGUGGUACCGGUAACCACCAGCAGCUGCAGCGCCACCUCAAGAAACGUUGCCAUGGCAGAGGCGGAGGGAUCGGCCAUGUAGUGGAGCGGCACCGGCCGACCGGCGGAGGCGGAAGAGUUGUCUGGGGAUCGACCGAUGGUGGUGCACGUGGUGCUGCUCGCCGCGCCGGCGGUCGGCGGGUUCCUCCUGCACGCGUUCAAGUUCUCCAUCCUCCUGUGGCCGUUCAACCUCACGCUGCCGCUGCUGCGCGACCUGCCGCGGGUCUGCGCCACGCUCCGGGGCGCCGCAUCGCUCUACGCCGCCGAGCUGCGCGCGUCCCUCGGCGGCCGCCGGCGGAGGGCGCCGGCGCCGCAGCUGGACCGUCAGUAUUUCUCCCUCCGCGGCGUGCGGAGACGGCCAGCGGAACGGCUCGUCGACCACGCCAUGCUUGCCCUCGUCGACAUCUCCUACUGAUGCCGCUGCGUUGCCAAGGUGGUUGCACGCCGGAGCUGUUUGAUUCCGGCGGUGCUCGGCUUGGAUGGAAACGUUGGUUCAGAAUUUUCUUUGGAUCAUGUACAUAGGCGUUCCAUUUUUCAUUUUCAUUUUUUCCUGCAUUUGUCGGCUGCAGUGAUAAGUUUGUUGUAACUAGUCCAAUGUCCCGCGUAAUUACACCGGAUAAUUUUUGCUACUUGUUCAGUACUAUAUUAGAUUAUCAUAAGUGAGUAUUACAAUGCUAUUUGCAUGAAUAUAA